CGCCGCGCCGCGCGCACGCAAGACGGAGGGAGAGAGAGAGAGAGAGAAGCGGCGAGGCGCGUCGGAGAGCUUUGUACUUUCCGCCCCGUCUCAUCGGGAAUUCCUGCCGGAAUCGCACGCCGCCGCCAUGGUCGAUCCUUUAUCCGCUCCUUUAUACGUAUAUUGUAUUAUGUACAUAUGUACGUACACCGAGCGUACGGCGCGAAGUGCGCUGCGCAUACGAGCAGCGCGAAUGUAGCCGCGAUAAGCGGGGACGCAGUCGCCGAGACUCGCGGACGAAUAUGGAGUUGGUGCAUGAGAAAUUGCGUCGAUGAUAGUAUCCUGUCACCGACCGUCAUCAUAUCGGAUCGCAACGCAGAGGAGUUAGGUUUCUCCGUAUGGCAUCGAUUUGACGUACCUCCGUUAUAAUCCUCGAAUUAGAAAUGUGAACGGAGGAGCAGAGGAGAGACAAAUAUAGAGGAUGUCCUAGAUUCAUCGCUCCUUCAUGUUCUAUUCACGAUUGGUUCUGCGUGCGGCUCCCAUAUUAGGUGCAAUAAAUCAGCGCCUGCUUUCUUCGAGUGUGGUUUUUACGAGCCGCCUUACGUAACCGGUGCGUGGAUCGCAUCUCGAUACUAUCGAUCCUUUCCAAGUGCAAGUCGUCGUACGUGAUUGCAACCACGCGCCAGGCCGUUAUUACGCGAUCUUGUGCAACUGCGGAGCCAGACGUCGAGAUGGACGUUCCAGCUAACGUUCGCAACGAGAGCAACGAGAGCGGCGAACACGUUUUCGCAAUCGAUAUCGUCCCCGGGAUGAAAGGACGAGGACAACGUAAAAGGAUCCUUCUCUCAUCAGGGAAACGAGUCGCCGAGGAAGAGAGCCGACUGCGAAAGCGGAGAAAGAGAGGUGCAUCCACGUUCGUGAACUCGUGCCGUGGUGGAUGGGGAAGAAAGGGACCCAGCAAACACAGUGGAGCCGCAAGACAGUUUCGGCGUAUCACUCGAGCAUGCAUCGGCGGACGUGGUGAUAUCGUGCCACCAUCUUAUGCGAAAAGGAAAAAGAAGCGAGACUCGAACGCCCGGCACCUGCGCGCACGCUCGUCUUCCCUCCCGGCAGCUCGAAUAUUUCCGGCUCACCUUGCAACCGAGAACGCGUCGCUCCAACGAACGGUGCAUCGCGCAGCUGGCGACCUCGGAAACAGAUUUUUUUUUGUCACUGAUGCGUCUCCCGACAAUCAGUGUGGCGCAUUAUCGCGUCACGAUCGAUCCACCUGGCCGUGCUCGAUUUCCACGUGGCCGAAGAACAACGGCACCGAAGCUUCUCCGGAGCUAUCUAAUGCUAGAUUGUCGAUUUCGUGGCUACCGAAGCAUCUAAUAUUCUAUAACUGAAAAGUGUACGUUUCCGUAAAAAAUAUCACUUUAUUCAUCGAAACUUCAUCGAAAGAUUACUAUGAAACAAAAUGACGAUUAGCGCUCAACGUAAAUGCUACAUCGAACAGUAUUCGCAGAAAUACUGUUGUCGAGAAUUUAACGAGCUUUAACAUCGACGCGUUAUAUCGUAUGCAAUAGUAGUAGUACAUUAUAAACAUUUCGUUCUCUAUUGUGUUGCUUAAUUCUUAAUCAAUUAUUUCAUUCUGUACAUUAACAUUCCACGAAAGAAGAGCGGCAUCUCAUAUUUGUCGUAUGUAAACGAUCUGUACACUUAAACAUUAGAUUCAGAGCGUAAGACAAUAUAACAAUUAUUUUCAUACUCAUUUAUCGAUAAAUGACUAUCAUUAUCAUCGUUCGCGAAUGUAUUGCAGUAACACACAGUAAGGUGAUGUCUCUUACUUGUAUCUUGCCUGCUAUUAUAUGUGUAUUAUACAAUCUUUAAAAUAUACUUAAAAUACAUAUUUUUA